AUGACGACACACUCCUUGGUCUCCACACCACACGACUUGCAGGCUCCGACAACCCUCCAGACGUCUCUGCGGAUCGUGGGCCACCAGAUCCCGUUGGUCGGUGGUGUGGAAGGAGAGAUGGUAAGUCCUUGCAGAGUGUCGUCAUCACCCUGUGCGCUGGUGAGUUCCUCUCUGGAGAAGGGAAGGUGGGAGAAUAUGGCGGUAAAGUCUGGCCCGGCUGGAGUGGUGGCACAGGAUUCUCCAUCUGUUGCUCUGGUGACGGUUUGUGAAGUGGUUGAGGCAGUGGGAACGUUGGCCGGAGGAAAGCCAGGGGUCGACGAAGAGGCAACGUCUUGUGAGGAUCAUCAAACAUCUGCUCAAACUCACCCACAUUUCUCCCGGGAAGUGUCCCUUAACAUUUCAGAGCUACUUAAGCAUGAAAAAUUUGGAGUUUCAAACAACCCAGAAGCAUCUGUUUGCACAAACAUUCUUUCACAAACCUGUCAGCAUCAAGGUCAAGGGAAAUGUAACAACACCACCAGAAAAGACAGCAUAGGUGAAUAUUUGGUUAACAGUCCUUCUCAAGAGACAAGCCAAAAGGAGACAUCUUCACCAAAAUAUUCCAAUCAAACAUGCAGUCAUCUUUUGGUGCAUCCAGUCAAAGAGAAUACCACGCAAAAUGAAUUCCAGAAGGAGACACAGACAAAGGGUACUAUGAGCUAUUGGAUUUAUUCAAAAGGCAAUCAAGUACAGACAUCAAAACACAAAAUGAGUGGUACAACUUUAUCAGCCAGCGUUUUGCAAAAUAACUGUGGUGCUUCAAAGACUAAGAUGGUUGAUGCAAGUAUUGCUUCGUCAUCCAGUGCUGGGGCCAGUUCUUGCAAUGCCUCACAUCAAAUGUCUAGUCAAGAAUUGCACACUCAUCAAAUAUGUCCCCCAGCCAUACACAGCAACCCAACAUAUUUAGGUAAUAAUAGUUACCUGGAACAUGAGGACAGUAACAGCAGCAGUGAUGAUGAGCAAAAACUAGUCAUUGAACUUGAGUAAGGUGAAAGUAACACAAAAUAAGGCAAAACAAACCAAGGUGUCCAAUACCCGCAAUAUGCGUCACUACACACAAGGCAAAAGGCCCUUUAGCAACUUUGAAACCUUUGGCAUCAUUAGGCUGACAUGAAAUGGUAUUUUAUCAUCAUAAAUCUAUAUACUGGGGUAUAGUUUUGUGACAUGGCAUAUGUUGAUGUUACUGUCACAAUAAAAGCUCAGUCACAAUAUAUAUAUAUAUAUAUAUUUAUAUAUAUUUUUUUUUUCAG